UUGGUUACCUCCAUUUCUCAUUUCUUGAUGUAUUUUGCAGUGCAUCUUUUGGAUGAGACAUAAUAGAUUUUCAUCCGAUGAACACAUAACCAUUAUGCGAGCUUGCACAGUGAGAUUUGCGAGCACAUUGAUGCAACCUUGAGAGGCGCAAAGGAAAUACAAGCCCUUCUUUUACCCCCCGCCCCCCCUCAUUCUCUAAUCGGCUUUGAGCACGGGGAUCAGGUGCCCAAACAUAGACAGGCGUGGGGACGAACUGCUGCUAAAAGCAUUCAUCGACGCUAUACGCUGCGGUGAGGUCACGUUGCCAUUUUUUUUUGGUGUGUUACACUGAGCGGGUGCGCCUCUCCAUCGGGACCGGACGAACGAUUUGGGGGGCAUCUGAGCGGCGGGCACCGUCCUUCCCGGAGUGUGCGCGCACCUGAGCCUCGGCGCCCCCCCUCCCGCGCGACCCCUUGUCGCCCUCCUAUCGGCCGUGCGCCCAACCGUCACUCGGCUCUCGCCCCCCGCGCGCGCGCGCCCAGGCUGAGGCGAAGCUCCAACUGCCUUCCGCAUCUUUCCCGAGGUUGGGAUUGUUUGGCAGGCCUGGUCUUCAAAGAUGGAUUGUAAACCGCUUAUUUCUUUUGGACGUCAGCUUUUCCGUCGUAAAUACGUGGACUGCAGUACCGAAGAAACCAGACUUGCCAGAUGCUUGAACACACUAGACUUGGUUGCGCUUGGCGUUGGCAGCACUCUUGGAGCGGGCGUUUAUGUAUUGGCUGGAGCAGUGGCCCGGGAAAAUUCUGGACCUGCCAUUGUUAUCUCGUUCUUGAUUGCAGCUCUGGCAUCUGUGCUUGCAGGACUCUGUUAUGCCGAAUUUGGUGCAAGGGUUCCCAGGACAGGUUCUGCUUACCUUUACAGCUAUGUUACAGUUGGGGAACUUUGCGCUUUCAUUACUGGCUGGAAUCUCAUUCUUGCUUACGUAAUUGGAACUUCAAGUGUUGCAAGAGCAUGGAGUGCGACAUUUGAUGAGCUCAUUGGUAAACGCAUUGAAACAUUCUGUCAUCAACAUAUGGCAAUGAAUGCCCCAAACAUAUUGGCAGAGUACCCGGAUAUUUUCGCUGUAUUCAUAAUCUUACUGCUAACAGGAUUAUUAUCGUUUGGCGUGAAGGAGUCUGCAAUGGUGACCAAAGUCUUCACCUGCAUCAAUGUACUUGUGCUAUGUUUCGUCAUGCUAUCUGGCUUUGUAAAAGGUUCAUUGAAAAAUUGGCAGCUCAGUGAGAAUACCUUUAUUAAUGGGACAAACAAUACUGGCUCUGAGAAUUUCACUGAAGGAGACGGUACCUGGCAUUAUGGCGCUGGGGGAUUUAUGCCAUAUGGCUUUUCAGGAGUGCUUUCGGGUGCAGCGACGUGCUUCUAUGCCUUUGUAGGAUUUGAUUGUAUUGCAACUACAGGUGAGGAAGUAAAAAACCCCCAGCGAGCCAUUCCGUUCGGAAUCGUUGCUUCCCUUUUGAUCUGUUUUGUUGCCUAUUUUGGAGUAUCUGCUGCCCUUACUUUGAUGAUGCCAUAUUAUUUACUGGACAAGAACAGCCCAUUGCCAGUCGCUUUCAAAUACAUUGGAUGGGAUGGGGCGAAAUAUGCUGUUGCAGUGGGUUCGCUCUGUGCUCUCUCCACCAGUCUUCUUGGCUCCAUAUUUCCAAUGCCCAGAGUAAUAUUUGCAAUGGCAGAGGAUGGACUGCUGUUCAGGGUGUUGGCCCGAAUCAACAAAAGGACUAAAACGCCACUUAUUGCCACAGUAGUAUCAGGGGUUGUUGCAGCUAUCAUGGCAUUGUUGUUUGACCUCAAGGAUCUUGUGGAUCUCAUGUCGAUUGGGACCCUUCUUGCCUACUCACUGGUGGCUGCUUGUGUUCUGGUGCUCAGAUAUCAGCCUGACCAAUUUUCUAAUGCAACAUAUCAAAUGGCAAAUACCUCUGAUGAUACAGAUUUGACUGAAUCAGCAAGCACAAGUGACUCUCAAGCAGAGGUUUUGCAAGGAAAUUACGGAUUAUCAUUGAAUGCCGUGUUAUUUCCUGAAAAUAUACACCCUACCCAGCAGUCAGGAUCUUUAGUCAAUACAUGUGUGGGUUUAAAUGGGUUAUUUAUUCUGACAUUGUGCCUAUUCGCUGUUUAUGCAAAAGAUCCUUUGUUGGAGGGGAAACCCUGGUCCAUAUGCUUACUGCUUGUAAUAAUGCUUCUGUGCACAUUUUUCACUGCCAUCAUUGCUAGACAACCAGAAAACAAAACAAAGCUCUCAUUUAAGGUACCGUUCUUGCCCUACUUGCCUGUUGUCAGUAUUGUUGUGAAUGUCUAUCUAAUGAUGCAGUUGGACAGAGGCACUUGGAUACGGUUCGCUAUCUGGAUGGUAAUAGGCUGUGUCAUUUACUUUGUGUACGGAAUACACAACAGCUCAGAAUCUAGUUCUUCCAGCCUUCCCACUGACAGAACUGCAAGGGUCUUUAAGGACACAGUGAGUGUGUCAAAUGGUGAGGCUGUACCACCAGAGAAGGAAGCUUUCUUACACAAUAUCGAUGAGGAUCUUGCAGAUAGUAGGAACACAGAGGAUGAUGUUUAAAUCAACAGGGGUUCACAUUCUUCUAAUUAUGUGUUUGGCAUCUAACUUGAACAUUUAAAAGUACAAUUGAAUGAAUGCUACUUGCAUCAUGUAGGGAGGGAGUAUAUUUGUUCGAACAUGCAGGUGAGGGUUUUGAGUACCAGUGAGCAUUUGUGACUAAGGGUGACGUUGCUAUGUUACUUCAACUCCUUGUUUUUGUAUAACCUCCAAACUACUGGUGACAUUAUUUACACCAAGGAAUAGUGGUUCAAACAAAAUGAUCAAAAUGGUUUUAGAGCUAUUUAUUGGGUUUUAGGGACGAAUACUGUUGGGGAUACUGAACUUUUAGCUUGUGAUUAUGUGCACAAAGUGUAGGUGGAUAUAUAUUUUUGCAAAAGAAAUGCUUUCUUUGGUCAAGUGAGCACUUAUAAGUUGAUAGAAUGUAUAAAAGUAUCUAUUUUUACCUGGGCUUAGAAUCUUUAUGGUGCACUACUUUCCUUAAGCUUCAGUAGAGGAUGCUGAAUGUCACAACGUGGACAAUCAUUUCCUGCCUGUGAGCUACAAUUUCAGACUGCUUCAUUUGACUUGUUUAAAAGUUAGUUGCUUAAUGAAACAUUGUAGUAAAUCCAGCAAAGAAAGCAAUUUAUUAUGUGGGGACAGAAUAAGAAAUUUUCUGAUGCUGAUGCUUUUGCUAAGUGUGGCUUUUUGCUAUGAACAUUUAAUUUAAUUUAUCAUCCCUAUAAUUGGUUUGAUUCUAUAGUUCAGAUUUAUAUAAUAUUUCCAGUGGGUAAUGUUACAUUGUCUUUACGUGUUCUUCUGUAGGUUCACAUGGUGAAAGUAAUCAUAUUACUGUUCUUCCGAUAGUGCACCAAUCUUUAGUUACAGGUGUAUGCUUUUAUUUUUAUGUGAACGAAUUUGGGCUUGAAAUCUGUCUCAUCUAAUAUUUCUCCUCCAGAGAGGAGCGACUUCUGUUGAAUGUUAGUGAAAGCAUUUACAAUCUUUAAAAUCAGCUGGUUAAUUAUUUGAAACAGCAUUGACAACUCAAUCAAUCAAUAUUUCCUGUGGGGUGCAGAUUAACAAAAUCAUUGAAGUUAGUCCCACAAAGUUAAGGUGAUUGGGGAAAGUAUUAACUUUCUGGAUUCUGGAAAUGUGACUCUUCUCAAGCACGAAAUAUCACAAGUUUAUGACUAGAAAUUAGUUUGUAUGACAUUAUAACAAACGGUGAGGAAUGGUAUAUUCACUGAACAAAUGGAAAUUUAACAAUCUAGACCUUUUAGUUUUGUUGGCUUGCAUUUAUUUUGAAAAUCUUAUUGGGAUGAUUUAUCUUAUCAAACAUUAACCAACCAUUUCUGAUGUCAAGAGAUGUCAGCCUAAGGCUUGCAGUGAGGACUCUACAGGCAUUGUUAUCAGGAAACUUGGGCAUAUUAUGUUUUAAUAUGCAUUCAUAUGCAUUCAUAUUUUUCCUGUCAUAUCAGUGUCGUCUUUAAAGUUAAAGACAUGGGCUUGUUAUAAAAACUGAACUUUCAUUUCAUGUAUCUGUUAUUGCAAGCUUUAUUCAUUGAUAUAAAUUUGCUUGAAAGCAGAAAUUUGAACUCGAGAAAGACCAAUGAAAGUACUAGGAAAUGGUGUAUACACAACACUUAUAUCCAGUUUGGUAGACAACAGAUCAUUAUAGUUAACUAUCUUGAAAGCUAUGUGACGGCAGUGGAAUGUAAGGCAGAUUCUUGUCAUUAUUUACAAUGUGAACACCUGCAAGAUUUAGGUUUAAUCACAGACCACAUUAUACCAUGUUGGGUUACAGAACUAGCAAGCUACUAAAUCCGUAGGCAAAUUUUCAAAGGUUGUGCCUGUAAUAGCAAAAGAUACUGAGCAAAUUUUUGGCAUCAGGUAUCACUGGAAAUGAAUAAUGGCAAUGACUCAAAUGAUGGCCAUUGAUAAUAACAAAAUGCCAAGUCCUCGUCACUGAGUAUUAUACCUAUUUUAAUCAUGGAUGGUGCUGUGUGUAUAGCAACAUGUGAUGCAUCACGUCCUGGGGUCUGUAACACCGGGUGCAAUUUAUUAAUAGUAUUUAAAACUAGUCCAUAAUUCAAUACCAGUUGCACAGGGAUUCCAUUCCUUAAAGAAUAUUAAUGAAUGAUAUAGUGUUUGAAAAUUAUAUUAUGGUCAUUGUAUUCCAUGCCAGGUGACAGAUGUCAGGAUUUAUCAAAUUCAAAAUUGCACAUCAUUUUGGGAUUUGCACCUGUAACCCACGAGUUCAUGGAAGUAAAUAAAUAAAUAAAAGGAAUUUGCAGCUUAAGCAGGUGAAUCAUUUGUGAAAACUCAUCUAGGCAAGUAUUUCUUAAUUAAUAGACUGCUGGUAAAUAAUUCUCCAUUACAAGAUGAUGUAACUGCACAACGUCACUGAUUCACUGUUGCUAAACAGGAAAAUUGUGUUUUUAGCUGACGUCUUUGCUUCAGGUAGAGCAAUGUCUCCUGGUGCUUCACCACAAGGGGUUUAAGUUGUCAGCAGAGCCCAGACUUUGGAUUUUUCAGAAGAACUAGAGGAGAUGGAGUUGCCAUUACUAUUUUAAGGAACUAUUUCAAGAAUGUGAGAUGUGGGUGACUAAAGGUGAGGCAAAGAAAUGGAAGUGCUGAAAAGGGAAAUUUAAGGAGGAUGGAGAUUUUUGAAUGUGGAAUUGUUGAGCCACGGCCGGGUUAAGGGAAUGGAUGAGAGAAAAUGAUAGUGAAAACGUUAAAUCAGCAUUUUAUAUAUUAUACAAAGGGUUUAUAAUUUUAUGUAACUUAUCAAUUUAAACAAUAUGACGUUGAGGCCACAUGUAAAGCAGUUUACAGGGUUUCACAGCACGUUACUGAAUGUAUAAAUCCAUAAAGUGUAAAUUCACACAUGAGUCGAGGAGUAAGAAGGUAUAAUUCUGAGAGUAAGAUAUCGGGAGUUUUGCAUUACUUCCGAGAUAGAAAAGAAGAAAUGUAUUAAUAUCCUGGUGAAGAAUAAUUAAAAGGCCAUUCCCCCAGGCAAGGACAUUAAUGACAAAGGUAUGGGCAAUUUAAAAUUGUGGUGAUUGGAGUACUUGAUUAGAUUAUUGAACUACGAAAGGUUGUGUCAUCGAGAGUACAUAUCAACAUUUUUUAAAGAAUAAUGGAUUACCAAAAACAGAAAUAUUUACAGUAGGGAAGGUCCUCCACCAACAUUAAAAAUACAAUAUAUGAGAAAAGCGCAUUCAGUGAGAGGGUCUGUUUCAUGAACAUUCGGUACUAAUGGAAGGUUUUGCUGCAGACUGUUGCAUGUAUUUGAAAAUCACAGCAAAUAAUCAAAGAUAUAUUUGUAAAUUUGGUUCCAGUUUUUCGAAAAGGUGAUUAAAUGUCUGCUUUUGGCAGUGCAGUGCGGGAAGUUAACAGUACUGAAAUUGAAUCUAUUAUUGAUACAUCCUUUAACUUUUAGUGCAGCAUAUUUUUGGGGUGGGGAGGUGUAGCCAAAGGACUGAUGUGUUGCGUAAAAUGUGCACUGGGCAGGGCGAGUUUGCAGAUCAGUGGAUCUAGUCCCCUCCCCCGCUGUCUGUCGUGGCUGGCAUGGUAGCAUUUCUGCUUCAAUCAGAACUAUAGAGGCGAAGUCCCACUCCAUAGAGGAGUGCACUUCUGAAGGCUGCUGCACUGACUUCACAUCAGGGCCUGUCGGCCCCAUCUGGUGGACUAUUUGGAUGAGUAGGACAGAUGUAUAGUUUUCUAAUCAAUACUCGUUCCUCAAUCAACCACAAUUGAGUUGUUUGCUGGUUAACAUAGUUUAUUUGAACAUUUGCUGGUUGGUGUGAAAUUGCUUUACGUAUUUGGGGUUCUUGCUUCAUGACAGUAAUUGGACUUCAAGCUGCAGUGUUAGCUGCCACUCACUAGGUACAUCCUGAAAUGGUGUGAUUCAGGAUGUACCUAGUGAGUGUCCUCUGGUGCAUAAAAUUAGUGAAUAUGAGCUUGAUUGUUUGUAAGAUAAGUUGUGGUUUUCUUUUGUAACAUAGGUUUAAUGUGAUUUCUGAAUUAAAACCUAAAUAGCACAGGGAAUUACAAUAAUGCCUUGCGUAAUGUAUUUGGCAUGUAAUUCUGGUUAAUCUUCUUCUUUUCGUGUCUUUGAAGCUGGUUGGUUAUAUGACAGUUUCCCAUUCCUUUACACAGUCCUUUGCGUUUUUAUUGAACACUGCAAGAUCCUUUGGGCUGCACUGGUUGGGUAGUAGGGGGCAGAAAAGGCAGUGCUGCAUUGUAUGGUCCUCUUCUCCACAUAAAACAGGUGGUUUGGCCAGUUUUAUAGCCCCAUCUGGCCAUGGCAGCUUUUGAUCGCCCUGUUCCUGUUCUCAGGCGGUUGAGCGUCUUCCACUGGACCCAUGGUGCUUCUGAGCCCGGAGGGAGGGCUUCAGAAGGAGGGAUACCCAUGUCAGUAGGAGGGGGGUCGUCCUCAAGUCUUUUUGCCCAUAGUUGGAGUCUGGUUUCUUCCCGUGAUGCUAUUAGGGGCUGGACAUGGAUGAGAAAGCUUCUCCUGGACUUCAGCCGUUGGGCCGGGGGUACACGUCCGUAGAGGAGGUGGCGUUCAUCACUGCUGGCCUUAGUCAUCUCUACUCGGCUGGCGACUUCCCGUCUCACAUCGGCAGGGGCAAUGCCAGCAAGGAGGUGCAGGUUGUUUAUGUUGGUGGGCUUCAAGCAGCCAGUGAUUGAGCGGCAGGUGUUAUUCAACGCUGGGUCUAGUUUCUUGGCAUGGGAUGAUCUCUCCCAAACAGGACACGCAUACUCUGCAGAGGAGUAGCACAGGGCCAGAGCAGUAGAUCUUAAUGUGUGGUUAAUGUGACUUUGACACAUGUCAACGUGACUUUGACACAGGUCCCCACCCAAAACGUCACCCAUCAUUUUUCUUCAGAGAUGCUGCCUGACCCGAGUUAUUCCGACACUUUGUGUCUAUCUUUGGUAUAAACCAGUUCUUUGUUUCUACCAAAAGGAGACUUUUGGAAAUAAUGAGCGGAUUGAACAGUAUCUGUGGAGAGAGAAACCUGAGAUAAUAUGGCAGAUGGCUAAUCUUAAGACGUAAGAGAUUCUCAUAUAAAUAGAAUAUACAGUGCCAUCCAUAAUAUUCGGGAUAAAGACCCAUCAUUUAUUUAUUUGCCUCUGUACUCCACAAUUUGAGAUUUGUAAUACAAAAAAUCACAUGUGGUUAAAAUGCACAUUGUCAGAUUUUAAUAAAGGCCAUUUUUAUACAUUUUGGUUUCACCAUGUAGAAAUUACAGCGGUGUUUAUACAUAGUCCCCUCAUUUCAGGGCACCAUAAUGUUUGGGACACAGCAAUGUCAUGUAAAUGAAAGUAGUCAUUUUUAGUAUUUUGUUGCUUAUCGUUUGCUUGCAAUGACUGCUUGAAGUCUGAGAUUCAUGGGCAUCAGCAGUUGCUGGGUGUCUUUCCUGGUGAUGCUCUGCCAGGCCUGUAUUGCAGCCAUCUUUAGCAUAUGCUUGUUUAGGGGGCUAGUCCCCUUCAGUAUAUAAAGGUAUGCUCAUUUGGGUUCAGAUCGGCUGAUUGACUUGGUCACUCAAGAAUUGGCCCUUUUUUCGCUUUGAAAAACUCCUUUGUUGCUUUAGCGGUGUUUGGGAUCAUCGUCUUGCUGUAGAAUGAACCCCCGGCCAAUGAGUUUUGAGACAUUUGUUUGAACUUGAGCAGAUAGGAUACGUCCAUAAACUUCAGAAUUCAUUAUGACAAUAGACAAUAGGUACAGGAGUAGGCCAUUCGGCUCUUUGAGCCAGCACCACCAUUCAAUAUGAUCAUGGCUGAUCAUCCACAAUCAGUACCCAGUUCCUGCCAUAUUUCCUGACUCUGCUAUCUUUAAGUCGAUCUAACUCUCCUGAAACCAUCCAGAGAAUUCCACAGAUUCUGAGGCAGAGAAUUCCACAGAUUCACAACCCUCGGUGUGAAAUAGUUUUUCAUCAUCUCCGUUCUAAAUGGUUUACCCCUUAAUCUUAAACAGUGGGCCCUUGCUCUGGACUCCCCCAACAUCGGGAACAUGUUUCCUGCCUCGAGCGUGUCCAACCCCUUAAUAAUAUGUUGAUAUGUUUCAAUAAGAUCUCCUUUCGUCCUAAAUUCCAGAGUAUACAAGCCCAGCCGCUCCAUUUUAUCAACAGUCCUGUCAUCCCAGGAAUUAACCUCAUGAACCACUCCCUCAAUAGCAAGAAUGUCCUUCCUCAAAUUUGGAGACCAAAACUGCACACAAUAUUCCAGGUGUGGUCUCAUUUGGGCCCUGUACAACUGCUGAAGGACCUCUUUGCUCCUAUACUCAACUCUUCUUGUUAUGAAGCCCAACAUGCCAUUCGCUUUCUUCACUGCCUGCUGUACUUGCAUGCUUACUUUCAGUGACUGAUGAACAAGGACCCCCAAGAUCUCGUUGUACUCCGCCUUUUCCCAUCUUGAUACCAUUCAGAUAAUAAUCUGCCUUCCUGUUUUUGCCACCAAAGUGGUUAACCUCACAUUUAUCCAUAUUAAACUGUAUCUGCCCACUCACCCAACCUGUCCAAGUCACCCGGCAUCCUCAUAGCAUCCUCCUCACAGUUCACACUGCCACCCAGCUUUGUGUCAUCUGCAAAUUUCCUAAUGUUACUUUUAAUUCCGUCAAUUUAUUAAUUAAAUUGUAAAUAGCUGCGGUCCCAGCACAGAGCCUUGCGGUACCCCACUAGUCACUGCCUGGCAUUCUGAAAGGGAUCAGUUUAUCCCUACUCUUUGUUUCCUGUCAGCCGACCAAUUUUCUAUGCAUGUCAAUACCCUAUCCCCAAUACCAUGUGCUCUAACUUUGCCCACUAAUCUCCUAUGUGGGACCUUUCUGAAAAUCCAGGUACACCACAUCCACUGGAUCUCCCUUGUCCAUUUUCCUAGUUACAUCCUCAAAAAAUUCCAGAUUAAUUAAGCAUGAUUUCCCCUUCGUAAAUCCAUGCUGACUCAGACCGAUCCUGUUACUGCUAUCCAAAUGUGCCCCCGUUUCAUCUUUUAUAAUUGACUACAGCAUCUUCCCCACCACUGAUGUCAGGCUAACUGGUCUAUAAUUUCCUGUUUUCUCUCUUCCGCCUUUCUUAAAAAGUGGGUUAACAUUAGCUACCCUCCAAUCCACAGGAACUAAUCCUGAAUCUAUAGAACAUUGGAAAAUGAUCACCAAUGCAUCCACGAUUUCUUGAGCCACUUCCUUAAGUAUCCUGGGAUGCAGCCCAUCAGGUCCUGGGGAUUUAUCAACCUUCAGUCCCAUCAACCUACCCAACACCAUUUCCUGCCGAAUGCGAAUUUCCUUCAGUUCCUCCGUCAUCCUAGAUUCUCUGGCCACCAGUAGAUCAGGGAGAUUGUGUCUUCCUUAGUGAAGACGGAUCCAAAGUACCUGUUAAACUCAUCUGCCAUUUCCUUGUUCCCCAUAAUAAAUUCACCUGUUUCCGUCUUCAAGGGUCCGACUUUGGUUUAACCAAUUUUUUUCCUCUUCACAUACCUAAAGAAGCUUUUACUAUCCUCCUUUAUAUUCUUUGCUAGCUUACCUUCACACCUCAUCUUUUCUCCCCGUAUUGUCUUUUUAGUUAUCUUCUGUUGCACUUUAAAAGUUUCCCAAUCCUCUGGCUUCCCGCUCAUCUUUGCUAUGUUGUACUUCUCUUUUAUUUUUAUACUGUCCCUGACUUCCCUUGUCAGCCACGGUCGCCCCUUACUCCCCUUGGAAUCUUUCUUCCUCUUUGGAAUGAACUGAAACUGCACCUUCUGUAUUAUUCGCAGAAAUACCUGCCAUUGUUGUUCCACUGUCAUCCCUGCUAGGGUAUCUUUCCAGUCAACUUUGGCCAACUCCUCCCUCAUGGCUCCAUAGUCCCCUUUGUUCAUCUGUAAUACUGACACUUCCGAUUUUCCCUUCUCCCUCUCAAAUUGUAGAUUAAAACUUAUCGUAUUAUGGUCACUACUUCCUAAUGGCUCCUUUACCUCGAUCAAAUCCAGUUCAUUACACAACACUAAAUUCAGAAUUGCUUUCUCCCCGGUAGACUCCAGUACAAGCUGCUCUAUGAAUCCAUCAGGGAGGCACUCCACAAACUUCCUUUCUUGGGGUUCAGCACCAACAUGAUUUUCCCAGUCUACCUGCAUGUUGAAAUCUCCCAUAACAACCGUUGCAUUACCUUUGCGACAUGCCAAUUUUAACUCUUGAUUUUAUAUCCAGGCUACUGUUUGGGGACCUGUAGAUAACGGCCACUUAGGGUCUUUUUACACUUACAAUUCCUCAGUUCUAUCCAUACUGACUCUACAUCUCCUGAUUCUAUGUAACCCCUCGCAAUGGACUGAAUUUCAUUCCUCACCAACAGAGCUACCCCACCCCCUCUGCCCACCUGUCUGUCUUUUCGAUCGGAGGUAUACCUUUGAAUAUUCAGUUCCCAACCCUGGCCCUCUUGCAGCCAUGUCUCUGUAAUUCCCACAACAUCAUACUUGCCAAUUUCUAACUGAGCCUCAAACUCAUCCACUUUAUAUCUUAUACUUCACACAUUCACAUACAACACUUUAAUUCAUCUCCUCUCUCACACCAGUCACUAUCGGCCCUGACCAUACUCUCUUAUCCCUUCUCGAACUUUCCUUCUCAUUAAUUCAGGAGUCUUUUGUAACUUUCACUGUACUCACUUCCCCUAUAACUCCAUCUUUAUACUCUCAAUUUGUCAAUCCAUCCCCCCCCCCCCCCCCACUAUUUAGUUCGGUUUAUGCUACUACCAUCAGCAGUUGUAUAAUCAAUGAAGAUAAGUGAGCCAGUACCUUCAGCAGCCAUACAUGCUCAGGCCAUAACACCCCCACCACCUUUUUUCACAGAUGAGGUGGUAUGCUUGGGCAGUUCCUUUUCUCUACCAUACUGCUCUUGCCAUCACUUUGAUAUGUUAAUCUUUGUCUCAUCUGUUCACCUUUUUCCAGAACUGUGGUUGCUCUUUUAAGUGCUUAUUGGCAAACUAUAACCCGGCCUUCCUAUUUUUACCGCUAACCAGUGGUUUGCAUCUUGCAGUGUAGCCUCUGUAUUUCUGUUCGUGAAGUCUUCUGCGGAUAGUGGUCAAUGACAAAUCCACACCUGACUCCUGAAGAGUGUUUCUGAUCUGUCGGACAGGUGUUUGUGGUUUUUUCUUUAUUAUAGAGAGAAUUCUUCUGUCAUCAGCUGUGGAGGUCUUCCGUGGUGCUAGUCCCUUUGCGAUUAGUAAGCUCAGCUAACCAGUGCUCUCUUUCUUCUUAAUGAUGUUCCAAACAGUUGAUUUUGGUAAGUCUAAGGUUUGGCUGGUCUAGAACAGUUUUAUUUAUUGUUUCUCAGUCUCAUAAUGGCAUCUUUGACUUUCAUUGGCACAACUUUGGUCGUCAUGUUGAUAAACAGCAAUAAAAAAGUUUCCAAAGGUGAUGGAAAGACUAGGAGGAACGACUAGAUGCUGAGAGCUCUCUUAUACCUGCAUUAAGGAGGCAAUUAAACACACCUGAGCAAUUACAAAUGCCUGUGAAGCCAUGUGACCCAAACAUUAUGGUGCCCUGAAAUGGGAGGGACUAUGUAUAAACACAGCUGUAAUUUCUACAUAGUGAAACCAAAAUGU